AUGCCGAAUGAGAUAAUUUCCACCAUGAAAAUACGACUCGCUGAGACGGCGCCCUUCCCGUCCCAAGACCACUACCGUCCCAGCUGCAUCGUCCAGCCUAGCACCCUUGCCCACGUUCUACGACUCAAGACCUACUCUCUCCCCGAGGAUGUGCUCGCAAUCGUUGCUCUCAAAAACAGGCAACUUUGCACCACCUCCCCACCCCUCCAAACUGCGACACAACCUCCACAAGGUGACCCCUUUGAGACCCAGUUCGCAGACUGCCCACCCCUGACCGAUUGCCCCUCCAUGGUACCAACCGUAGUCAGCCAACAACGGGCACGACGCCGGGACACACUAUUGCCGCAAGCUUUCCUCGAAGACAUCCGAACCAGGUACAAACUAGGCGACCUGGUAAGCCCGACCGACGGCACCCUACACGCCGCUAUCCAGGCCCUCGACUCCCUCAUCAUCGAAGCCCCCCGUCACGAUAUCGGGUACCGCCACGAUGUGGUGCACGAUGUAGCAGACCGCCAUGACGUUGAGGUGGUUGCGGAGUUCCGCUGGACGGGUACCGAGCUGUUGGUGAAAAAGGCGGGAGUGGAGGAGACUCGUUUUGACGCCGCGGUCGGCGACCUGGGUGCGCUGCAUCGCACGCUGCUCGAUGUCGAAGAGAAGGCGGCAAUUGCCCUCCCGUUCCUGCAUCCCGACUGGCACGGGGUCGAGGCCCGGCUGUUCUGUUGGCCCAGAGGCUGGAGCGUCUACUCCGCCACACGGUUCGGAACGGACUGGGCGGUGUACCCCGACCACCCUGACUUAUGUCACGCGGACGCACUCGUGGUGCCACCCGAGUACAAUUGGAGCCAAGUUGCAGCCCUGGGGAGGAUCGCCACCAACACUAAAAAGGUACCCCUGCACAUCGUACAUCAUGGGACGGGCGGGUGCGGGACGGGCGAGUGCGGGACGGGCGAGUGUCAUCACUGA